AUGGAUCCUCCGUCUACUUCAACGCCACUCUUGGAUCUGCCUGCCGAACUUAUCCAGCAUAUUUUUAGUCAUCUGCAGCUUUCCGAUCUGCUCACUGUCAGUCUGGUCAACCGUGCACUAAACGAGCACGCACAGCAGGAUACUCUAUGGCAGCCUUUCGUGCAGGAACAAGUCCCGGGAUAUCAAGUACCCAAGCCCAAGGACCUAUCAUGGAAAGAACUGUAUCGACAACACCACCCAUACUGGUUCCUCGCUAAGAACAAGCUCUGGUUCGCCGACACCGCACACACUGGCAAGCUCCUCGUCGCCCGCUACGACCACCGGAUUAAUGCAAUCGAAGCAUAUGCUCUCGUGGCCGAGCGCCAGCAGCCCAUCAUGCAGACAUGGGCAUGGAACCCGGAAGCCAUCAUUCACACGUUCCAGCCACGCGUGCAACUCGACAUGGUCUCGCCCGUCAUCCGUCUCAACGGGGCCUCCUACGAUCGCGUGUACGGCGACCGCCUGCAGCACGAGAUUCACAUGGACGUUCACCACGAAGCACCGCUGGCAUCAGCCGGCAUCCACUCCAGACUCAUGCUCACCCGUCCGUGGCCCAAAGAUAUAACCACCAACGCAACCCCCGUCUGGCCACCCCUGAUUCUGCCCUGCGCCGAACGAACCCGCAACGACGCCUCGCCUUCCAACUUCCGCCACACCGCCAGCAAGCCGUCGCGCAUGCACGAGCUCAGCAGCUUAACAUUCCGGAUCCGCAAGUGGAUGGAAUUCGCGUCGCGCGCCAACGGCGUCUCUAUGCGCAUCGGCGAGGACAUCACGACCUUUGCCACACUGCCGGAGGAGAGCUACACGCCGACGCCGCAGAAGCCGUGGCAGGGCCUCUGGGUCGGCGACUACGCCGGCCACGGCUGCGAGUUCCUGCUCGUCACGCAGCCCGACUCACCACGGCCUCUGCCGGAGCGCGCCGAGUGGGCCAUGCGCGCGCGCGAGCGUGAGGGCAGCGUGAGUAGCGCGGGGAGCUGGAGCACGGCGCCGACAGACGCUGAUGGCGCGCCCGUGUCGUCGCCCCCCUCGUCAGAUGAUGACGAUGAGGCAUUGUUCGAAUCCGCAGACGACCUCGAAGAUAGUGUCGCGACACUACAAGGCGCAGACAUUCGCGCCGAAUACGACGUGCUGGACGCCGAGGACGAGACAAUGGACGAUGAAGACAGGGUGUAUCAGGGCCGCAUCGAGGCGAUCAAGCUCACUGGCGACCCGAAUAUCCCACGCGGCGAGUACACGUUCAUUGCACCUGAUAUUGGGCCGAACGGACUGAUCCGCGUGGCGACCGAAGAUAUGUUCAAGGGUGCGAGGGUGGUGAAGAGCGUGGGGCACAUCGCCGCAAGGGGGUUCAGAGAUGAUAACUACAUGACCUCGCAACUCCUGCUGAUCUCCCACGACCGACUUGCUCAGUACUGGGAGACGUUCGGGCACGUGUCGUUCUACCAGCGCGUCAACGUCGACGACUUUACGAAGGUCUGA